AUGGGAUACGUCGGCGUAUCUCUCAUUAUCGGCGCCGUCGUCUACUUCAUCGCCCGCCCGCCAAGGUCGUUUGUCGACUAUCUCCGGUCGUUAUGGCUGGCCACCCCACAGUUGCCGCCGUCUCCAAAUGCGGAGCGCAAGGCCGAUGAUGAGAGCACAGUUCCGCUCGUAAAGGAGGCAGUGACAACAAAACCACCGCAUUUGGGCGGCGCACCAGAUGAAAAGGCCGAGAACGUGUCAAACCUUACCCCAUCGAUAACGGCAAGCGAAGAUACAGACGAAGACGAUGUAGCAACCACGCCCAAAGCCUCGGCAGCGCCGGCAACCCCUGCGGCGCCCGUCCCGAGCUUCUCCCUUUCCAGCUCUGACGAAGAUACCAUCGCACCAACUGCACCUACACCACCCCGCGAGACUCCUCCCGCUGCACCGUCGCUAUCCGCGCCCAACAAACCCUCGCAGCCGGGGCUGAUGGCGCCGCCCCCGCGCCCGGGAACAAUGGCACCCCCUCCACGGCCGGGCGCAAUGGCGCCUCCGGCAGCACGGUCCUCGCUCGGCGCACCGCAGCCGCCGCGGCUUCCACCACUGACGCAACCGUCGCCGUCCGCAUCUUCGCUGUCGCGAUCGACGCUGCCGAUCCCCAGCCGCGGCCCGCCGGGAGCGUCGUCGCUGGCGCCUCCGCCGACGCACACCAACGCGCCCGCACCCUCGCGGUCUCGGCUCGUCGCCCUGGCGCCGGGCCACUCGCCGCUCGACUGGGCGCGGAUAUCCGGGCCCAACGCGGACCUGCGAAACCUGCCGCCUAACACGCCGUACCUGCGCGUGUCGCCGUCCAUGCUGAAGCGGCGCAACGGCCGCAAGGGCGCCGACGCCUGGAGCGUCUACAGCGGCCGCGUCUACAACGUCACGCCGUACCUCAAGUUCCAUCCGGGCGGCGAGGGCGAGCUGUUGAGGGGCGCCGGCAAGGACGCCACCAAGAUCUUUGGCGAGGUGCACCCGUGGGUCAACUACGAGACCAUGCUGGCGGCCUGCCUGGUUGGCGUCGCGGUCGGCGAGGGAGAUGGGUCUGAGGAUGUCAAGCCUUCUGGUGAGGAGCGUGUGAGCGCGAUGGAGGAGAUGGACUGA